UCACAAUACUCUGCUCCUCGAAAACUAACAUUACGUGGAUAAACAACUGAUCUUCCGAGAUUGAAAACAAUACCUGUACCUGUAUUCAAGUACUUGGGGGAAACAAAGUGUAUUACACAUUGAAUGGUGGCUCACUGUUCAUAAAAAAUAUAGUUUGAUGUUUGCAGGAACAGUUUCUGCAUUUCCUCAGUCGCUAAUAUUUUAGCUAGCUAGCCUCGAUUAAACGUGACCCUGCUGCAUGGAUCUGUGCGAUGGGCUAAUCAGUGGAUGCAGAUACAUGAUUACAGAUCAUUUAUGAACGGAUAACGCUGAUGAUGGAUCCAAAGACGAGGAAGCUUGCAAGUCAACUGUGUGAAGCUGUGAAAGAUGGAGAACCGAGAUCUGUGCAGCUGCUUCUUACCCAAGGUGCAUCCCCUGACCUGGUGGGUAGUAAAGGGGUGUCUGCAGUACAUUUGGCUGCUGGAAAAGAGACUGAGAAGAACACACGCUGCUUGAAAAUGUUACUACAAUAUGGAGCAGACCCCAAUAUCAGGUCAUCAGAUGGCUUUACUCCUCUUCACAUCGCUGCAAUGUGGGGGUGUUUUCAAAAUCUGAAGCUACUUUUGAUCAAUGGAGGGAAUCCCAAUAUUAAAGAUAAUGAAGGGAAUACACCAGGGCAGCUUGCAGAACAGGAGGAGAAUUGCAAAUGUGCCCAGCUCCUUAAGGAGUACCAGUCCAGCUCUGUCGACACAGAGGAGGACGACUUGCCUCAAUUCCAAUACUCUGUGUAUUCAGACCAAACAGACGUGUCCAGCCUUCCUGAAUCAGACCACAGCAUCAGUUCCCAUUCUUCCAUGAUAAGUGACUUUGGUGAAGCCCCAUUGAGCAGCACAAGGCGCUCAUCAUUUUUCAACCUGUCUAACUUUAAUGGAAGGCCAAAUUGCAGUGGAAUAUCAUAUAAUAGGCUUUCUGAUGUGGACAAUAAGAGUCAUCCCAGUCAUGAAAGGAACUCUGCCUCCUCAUAUCGGGCUUCUGAAGGUCCCUCCCUAUUAUCAAGCACUCGCAUAUCUACAGUGGGAACUGCAGCUGCAAUGCCGACUCUUAGGGAGGAUGAGUUAUUUACUGACUAUGAUGUGUUCCCAUCAGAAGCAACUGAACAUGCUUCAAAAACUGAUGGCAGAAUCUUGCCCUCCAGAAGAGACACUCUCCCAGCAUUUCCCUACAGGCGAGCAAGCCGAAAGAGUGUGAGCUUCAGAAAUGAAGAUGAAUAUUUCCCUGUCUUUAGUCCUGAAUCUCCCAAACAGCCUCCAUGCGUUGAUGGCAACCAGUGCACCAGCAAUGUACCAUUUAACAUGUCUGAGUACUCUGACUUUCUGGAUUCAGAACGCACGGCCACUGUUCUACACAUGCAGGGCAUCGACGUCACAUCGCCGGAUCACGUUUAUGUUUUUUGCAGGGAGAGCAGUGAGAGCACAGAGGAGGAAAUGGAGAAAACAGUGUUCAGUCACUGUGCUUUGGAAGAGAGUGAGGAUGAACAGGAGGUUGUGUGUGCAAAACAGGCUCAGGUGAAUAUACCAGUACAGCCAGCCUCUUCCAAUGUUGGCAGCAUUAGCAGUGGGACUGGUAGUAGUCAUUAUAGUAGCUGUGAUAGCGACCAUUACACCAGUGCCCUCGAUGCUUCUUUACACCCCAGACGCCUUCUACUCCAAGAUGCAGAGGGGUUUUCUCUGGAGGACGAAUCUGCCAGAAAGAUUUCUACAAACAUUGAUUCUAAAAUAACAACGCCCGAUUGUUAUCUUCCACCUGUUCAAACAGCAUCUCAGAUGGAUUCAAAAUCUGAAACUAAAGAGCAUGUAGCUGCAGUACUUGAAAAACAGGCCCUGUUUAACGUCAGAUCCCCAAACAAUGAUGUGUUUGAGGCUAGUAGUGGUCCUGUUGUGGCCACUUCAUGUGAAAGUGUUGACCAGCCAGUGGAUGAUGCGGCUCAGGCAACACUGGAAAAUGUCAUCCUCCCGCUAACACCAAGUCCAUUUGUAACAGGCAGGACUCGCUCGAGGUUGAGUCGCUGCUCAAUGAGAACAAGCCAGACCCCCGAGAGCCUCCUCUUCUCGUCUUCUCUGUUUGAAGAAACCCUCCCCACACCAGUUCGAACACGCCGCCAAACGCCCAGAUCUCAUUGCAGUGAGGACUUUUACAGAUCACCACACAACCCUUUCAAUACACAUUCUUAUUCAGGGAAAUGCACAGGAGGAGACUCUCUGCCUUCUAAUUGCAGGGACACACAAUCCAGCACCCUCAGAGCAGACUCUAGCAGUAGCCAAGCUGACACUUUCAUCCUCCCCAGGAGCGUCACUGACUCAGCUUCUGAAUCGCAGACUCUGUCUGACACGGUCAUGCUGGAGGAAAACCGGGACUCCUCGAUGGAUGCUUAUGAAAGGAACCUUGCAGAGGUUGUACUGGCCAUGCGUGCCCAUGGUCUCGCUGAAGACAGGGAGUUUCUGUCUGAUGAUCUGACAAGUACAGAUGAGGAAACAACAAAGAGAAAUGUAAAUAAUGCUCCUGGUGAGGACAGAUUAGAUGGCGUAAAAUACAAAGAUGUGUCGAUCACUGAGGAAUCUGAGGACAGCUCUCAGCCGGAGUCCGUUUCAUCUUCAUCAAGCUCUGACUAUUUUUCCCCAAGGAGGUCCAGGGAAGUAUCUGAUCUUCCUCGCACUCCAGGCACCGGAUGCACCCCGAGGUACAGCAUGAGCCGGCUGUCGAGCUGCCGCAGGUCACAGCACUUGGCUAACCUGUCUUUCACUCCUGGAGGUCGCCCGCUUAUUCAGGAUCUGGAGGAACCAGUGGAGUACCUCUACACCGAUUCAGAACAGGGCCACAAGCUGAUCGAGACCCACGUCCCGCCUAUGGCAAACACCUCGCUCUGCUCCAGCAUGAGUACAAGCAGCAGCGAGGAGACAAUCCUCUAUGACUGGCGCACCAUGCCGAAUGCCAGGGAGACCAGAGAGAAGGAGAACCACAAGCCACAGAUGGAGCUACAGCAGCAGGAAAAACAUGGCAACAAGGGUUUUUUGGACACCAAAGGGUUGACUGACAAGGAGCUGAGGUUCAGGCUGGUGGAGCUGGGAGAGAACCCGGGUCCUUUCAACUGCCAUACCAGGCCUUCGUACAUGCGAAGGCUAAUCCACCUGAUGCAGGAGUCAACUUCCCAAUCACCUCAUCCGCAGAAGCAGUUAGACCAGCCACAAACAGAUGUAGGUUAUAGUCCAGAAAUGCGCUGGGCCCUGCGGACUUUCGAGCUGCCUGAUUGCAAGGCUGACGAGCAGGCUCUGUGCCAGCAGUUUGAUCAGCCUGAUCAGAACAGAAAGUGGAGGGAGGGCCUCAUCAAGUCCAGCUUCAACUACCUGCUGCUUGACCCCAGAGUUACGAAAAACCUCCCCUUCCGCAGUCAAACCAUGACUCCACAGGAGUGUUUCCAGACAUUCGUCCAUGCUAUAUUUUACGUGGGCAAAGGAAAGCGCUCCCGCCCCUACAGCCACCUCUACGAGGCUUUAGAAUACUUCAAAGGAGACAAAACAUCCAAGAAACUGUGCCCCAAAGUGCAGCACAUCCUUCAGGUGUGGAGCGCAGAGCAGGGCGUCGUCUCUCUGCAUUGUUUCCAGAAUGUUAUUCCAGUGGAGGCUUUCACAAGAGAGGCCUGCAUGGUGGAGGCCAUCGGGUUGAAGAUGCUAACCAAUCAGAAGCGUGGAGAUUAUUAUGGCGUGGUGUCAAACUGGCAGUUGAAGAAGAAACGGGAGCUAGGCGUCCACCUGCUUUACCGGGCCAUGCAGAUCUUCCUGGCUGAGGGUGAGAGGCAGCUCAGACCAGCAGACAUCAGACAGAAGUGACCCCCACUGGAGGGGAUAUGAAUAGCAACUGAAUGCAAACAGACAAAAGGGGUCGUUUGCUAAUAUUAACAUUAUUUAAAAAUCAUUCUUUUUGCAUUUGAAAGUGUUUCAUGAAAGAUUCCACAUUAAUGCUGCCCAGUGAAAAUUGAUCAAAGAUUUCUGUAUUUGUGUACUAUGUGGGUUUGUGAUAAGUUCCCUUGCUUUAUUCCUUUAAAAAAUGGAUUUGGGUGACUGAACAUGAUGUAUUCAAGUGUUUACAAAGGAACCCUGGUUUGCUUUAAAAACUGUAUCAUGGUAAAUUUAGCAGAGGCUGGUUCUUGGCACAAUAGGUUUCAGGGAUUAUUCAAAAAUGAAUUUGUACAUUUCUUUUAGAAACUUAAUGUGAUAUGUGUUUACAUGGUUGGAUUCCCAUUCUAUUUGUUGUGCUAUGUUUUCUUUUUUAAAUUGUUAAAAGACACAUUGCUGGCAUUCUGAUAUAAUUGUGUCCAGUAUUAAGAGUAAUUCUAAGUGUGUAUACAGUAGUAUAUCAAUCUCAGUCUAAGGAUCUUUACAAUGUAAAGAUCAUUAGACUGCUCAAGUAGAUAUCAGAACUAGAUUUUAUUAGUAACCUAAUGUGUAUAAAGCUGUGAUUUGGUGUCAUAAUCUUUAUAAUUUUGUUUCACAAUCUCCUCUCAAUGUCUACAUCUUAAUGUCCAGAGAGCAAGCUUCAAAACCAUUAUCUCCUCAGGUUAAAACAAGAGAAACUAUCUGGAAGGUGAACUUAUAUUUUUACACAAAAAGCAUUAAUACUAAUUAUUAAUAACAAUUUUUGUAUUUUACAACUCUUUUUCAAGUCCAAAUACCCAGGUCGAAGAAGAUCGAAGCAUGAGAUCACAGACGGGAGUGAAACCCCUGACAUGUGGCAUUUACUUUUAAUUAUCAAGGUAAUGUAGUGAAACAAAUAUCUAUGAUAAUUACGUUAUAAAACCAUGUACAAUGAUUAGGUGUGCAGACAGUAUCCAGUUCUCUUCUUUGUAAAAGUUAAACACCCUUAUACUUCUACGGUCACUACUGCAUUGUGUAGCCCUUGUGUAAAUAUAGUCAAAAGAAAAAAGAAACCUGAACUGGAUGAGUUGUUUUGUCCUUUUCCUAGGUUUCCCUCUAGUGGACAAAAUAAAAAGAAAUGUUUUUCUUCA